AUGUCUUCAGAGGAUAAGGAUACGUUACUUUCCAGUUUGGUUCAAACUGUGAGAUCAUCGAGUGCAUUGGCUGCACAGGAUAUCGAUUUCUACAAAAGUUUAGAUUCCAACAUUAAUGCAUCAUUAGAAGACACUUCUACGAACAUUUUAUCGUUAAUCAACGACUUGCUUUUGUCUAUUGAUCCCAAUAAUGAUGUAAUUCAGCAAGGGAAAGACAGUUUUGUGGAUUCUUGGAAAUCCAUAAGUAAUAUUAUGGAUAAUUUAUUUGAAAAGUCUGAUCAUGCACUUGACAACAUUAGAGCCGGAAAUGGUGGAAACGCUGGAGGUCCAUCACUUAAGUAUCUAAAUGAUGAUGAUCGUUCGAACAAUAAACCAUCCAAGAGGAUUGAAAAACCUCAACUAAGUUUUAAAACUCCUGUAGAUAACACAGAACUUCAUCCUUUCAAGCCAUUAUUGGAAUACAAACCCCAUAGUUUACAACCGUUCGAAAUUUCAUUGAAGAUGGUCCCAGAAGAGGAAUCCAUCCCGUCCCAUUACCCACAUCCAUACGAAUAUGAGAUCGACCACCAAAAAUACAAUGACUCCAUUCUUGUUGCAACAGAACCGAUCCCAUCAAAGGACUGGGAUGAAACUGAAGCAAUUUGGGUUGACACCGUUGAAGGCCUUAACAAAAUGAAAGAUGAAUUAAGUAAAGCCACAGAAUUAGCAAUCGAUUUAGAACAUCAUGAUUAUAGGUCUUACUAUGGUAUAGUUUGUUUGAUGCAAAUUAGUGACCGGGAGCAUGAUUGGAUUGUAGAUACUAUUGCAUUGAGAGAGGAACUUUACAUAUUGAAUGAUAUCUUUACCGACCCUAAUGUUACUAAAGUUCUGCACGGUGCAUUCAUGGAUAUCAUAUGGCUUCAACGUGAUUUAGGCUUAUAUAUUGUUGGCCUUUUUGAUACUUAUCAUGCCUCCAGGAUGUUAGGUUUUCCAAAACACAGUCUGGCCUAUCUUCUCGAAAGAUUUGCUAAUUUCAAGACUUCAAAAAAAUAUCAACUGGCAGACUGGAGAAUCAGACCGUUGACCAAGCCUAUGCUUGCAUAUGCAAGAGCUGAUACGCAUUUUCUCCUAAAUAUUUUCGAUAAAUUAAGGAACUCUCUACUGGAACAGAAUAAGAUGUCCGAUGUUUUGCAUGAAUCGAGAAAAGUGGCUAAAAGAAGAUUUGAAUAUAGUAGUUUCAGACCAAAGGUUCCGUCUUCAGCAGUGUUUUCACCUAUUGAAAAGGAUGAACCUUGGAAGAAUAUUAUGUUUCAGUACAAUAUUCCGGCUUCAAAGGAAUUACUUCUCCGUAGACUUUAUGAAUGGAGAGAUACAAUCGCCAGGAGGGAUGAUGAAUCUCCUCGUUACGUGAUGCCAAACCAACUACUUGUAUCGUUGGUGGCUGGUGCACCAACCGAACCCAUUAACGUAUUGUCUGUCAGCUCAUACGUUUCAGAGCAUUUAAGAACAAAUUCGAAGGUCAUUGCAAACUUGAUCAAAAGAACUUUAGAGGAUCUCAAAGGAAAUUCCAACUCUUCUGCGAUCCCACUUUUGGAAUCGGCCGAAAGUAACGGCACCGAUCUGGCCAAUAUAAUAACAACGUCCCAAAUUAAAUCCAUUCAGAAUAUAUUUCAUUCACUUGCUUCGGAAAUAAACUCUCAAAAGCUGAAUAACGAACAAAAUUCAGAGAAAUCUGUCCUAUUCAAUGGUAUUUCAAACUUGGAUGUGAAUACUGCCGUCAGAUAUACACCAAAGACGAGAACGCUCAUUCCACAACAUGAAUUAUUAAAGCGUCAGCAUGAAAUAACAAGGACGUUAGAACAAGAAUACACUGACCGACAAGCUCAGAGUAUUGUGCUACCGUCAAAUGAGGAUGAAGCUCCUACGCAAGUAUCUAACGAUGAAAACAGAAAUGAAGUCAUCACGUCUGAUCCUUCUCAGGAAGAGAUUGAAGAGAACAAGGAUGAAGUAAUUACGUUGCGCAAAAGACAAUCUCAAUCUAACAACAAACGAAAGACUAUCAGUCCACCUGCAAGUCAUGAGAUUAUGGAUUAUGCUGCUGGCUCCGACCUAUUGAACUCAACAAAGAAUAAUACAAACUCACAGAAGCAUAAAAAAAGAAGAUUCGAUCCUUACUCUGUUGAACAUGUCGGUCCACAGCCUAUCAAGAAAAAAUCAAAACCUGCCAAGGGUAAGAACGUCUCAUUCAAAAGAUAG